AACGCGACAUGUGAAUAUCCUGCUUUUCAUGGGUUAUUCAACAAAACCCCAGCUGGCUAUUGUUACACAAUGGUGUGAGGGGUCCAGCUUAUAUCACCAUCUACACAUCAUUGAGACCAAAUUUGAAAUGAUCAAACUAAUUGAUAUUGCACGACAGACUGCACAAGGCAUGGAUUAUUUGCAUGCCAAGUCAAUCAUCCACAGAGACCUCAAGAGUAAUAAUAUUUUUCUUCAUGAAGACCUCACAGUAAAAAUAGGUGACUUUGGUCUAGCUACAGUGAAAUCGCGAUGGAGCGGAUCCCAUCAGUUUGAACAGUUGUCUGGAUCUAUUCUAUGGAUGGCACCAGAAGUUAUCAGGAUGCAGGAUAAAAACCCAUAUAGCUUUCAGUCAGAUGUGUAUGCGUUCGGCAUUGUUCUGUACGAGCUGAUGACCGGACAGUUGCCGUACUCAAACAUCAACAACAGGGACCAGAUAAUUUUUAUGGUGGGACGAGGAUACCUAUCUCCAGACCUCAGCAAAGUACGGAGCAACUGUCCAAAAGCUAUGAAGAGACUAAUGGCAGAGUGCUUAAAAAAGAAAAGAGAUGAGAGACCCCUUUUCCCACAGAUUCUUGCCUCCAUUGAGCUUCUGGCCCGGUCGUUGCCAAAAAUUCACCGCAGUGCAUCUGAGCCCUCAUUAAACCGGGCUGGCUUCCAGACAGAGGAUUUUAGUCUAUAUGCUUGUGCUUCUCCAAAAACACCCAUCCAAGCAGGGGGAUACGGAGAAUUUGCAGCGUUCAAGUAGCCACAGCACCAUGGCAGCACCCACUCUGUUAUUUAAGUCUUGUGUUCCUACAGUUUCUUAACAUCAGAACUCUGUUCUGCUCCGCAAAACCUAAAAGUAAUUAAGAAAAGAUAUCCAUAAGCUUAAAAGUGGAGCAGAAUGAAACUGCCAGUCCAACACAAUGGGAAAAAGUACCUUUUUGGGAACCAGAAUCCUCUGCUGCCAGUGUUUCUCCUUCAACACAAACCACCAUGUGCAUUCGGAGACCCGCAGUGGCUGCCUGUGCCGUUGGCAUCAUUCCCAGGAGAGAGGAGAGGGCCCUGGCGGUCUGACUGUGGUGCUCGGGCAUGAGGGGAUGGAUCUGCUGCUGCAACUUAGGAGACUUGCUUUGGAUGGUCUGCCGGUCGGCUUUCUCCCUCUAACAACGUACCAUCAGAGGCUGAAUAUCUGAUGAGUGCUAAUUUACAAGAAUCAUCCUCCGUUCUGGUCUGUUUUUUCCUGGUGUACUCACUGGUUUGUGGACAACGCAGUAUCCCCUUUUCACCGUAUUACAAGGUCAAACAGCUAAAUCUGUCUAUAUUACUGGGGUUUAUUCCAGAAAAAUUGAAAUUGUGGGGCGAUGGGAGCUGGAGAAGUUGUUAUUCUAAAGGCGAAGAGGUUAAUCUGAAGGAAAAGGGGAUGCUGCUGCACCUUUUUUCAGAUUUACU